GGGUACCAGAGUAGCUACCCCCAAUACCAGCAAAACUACAAUUCAGGUUAUGGAUAUGAGGGAUACUCUCAAAAUCAGUACUUGAGCACGAAAAUCAACAAAUAUCAUCUGAGGUUAUUUAAAUAAUAAUAAGUAAAUUAGUUUGCACAAUGGAGGUAUUAAGGUGACAAGUGUUCAACCUGUGCCUCCGGGUGAGGAGUAUCCACAAAACAAUUGGGCUCCUGUCGGAGGAUACCACGCUAAUUCGGUUCCAGCGCAAACUAGCUCCAGUUUCGAAGGAAAGAACGAAGAUGAAGGUUAGUGCAUCGACAACAACAUUAGAGAAAUUCCUUCUUUCUAGCUGCGUUUUCCGCAAUUGGCCACUUAUGAUGAAGUACCACUUGUUCAAAGGGUAAUUUUGACCGGUUUUGGUCACACUUGCCCUUGCAGCUCUGUAGUAAUUAUGUCUUCAAAUAAUUCAUGUUAUGCAACAUGUUUUAACAAGUGAGUUAAAACACGUUGCACUUAGCUUAGGUUAGUUGUGACUUGUAUUAGGUUUGUAUAUUGCUGUAAUCUUAUAUAAGUGAAGAUCUAAUCUGUAUUUUCGUAGGACAGAAUAAUUCUGCGUUACAGAUAUUUUAAAAAAAGGACCAACAACAAAACGUUACUACGACGGUUAAAUAAAUUUUUAAUGUUAGUGUUUCGACAAUUUAAUAAAGAGAUUUUUUUUAUAGCGGUGGCGCAAGAGAGGAAGGCUCAGAAUGCACAAUUGAUAAAGCAGCGCGAAGAAUAUGUAAGAAAAGCUCGCGUGUUGAGAAGAGAACUUGAACUUCUUCGCAACCAAAAGCAUGAAAUUAUGUCUGAAAAUUCGUCGCAACGUGACAUGGAGUUGAUACUGAAGGAGAACGUCAAACUUCAGGACGAAAUUCAAAGUAAAAUGAAAGCAAUUCAUAACGUGAUUGAGAUGCUCUCAAGUAUCAUUAAAGACGGCUGCAAAAUUUCUGAUCUGGAGGCACAGUUGGACGAAUCGCCAAAGACACAUCACAAAAAUCAUGUUAAAUCUGAUGCAGGUGAUCCGUCGGUCAAGUACAAUUAUAUGCAUUAUGACCCGGAAUUGCACUGGUGUCGAAUGUGUGAUGAAUUCCCUAAAACCGCGAAGGAUUUUCUACUGCAUUUGCAGAGCGAUAAACACAGGAAUAACAUUCAAGAGAAUGACGUUGGUGAUAACACGCCUUGGCACAAGCUACCACCAGAACAGGAAUUACCGUGUUAUGAAGGAGCACCCAAGAAGCGAAUUCCAAUUAGAGGUCUACAAUUUUUCAUAUCAGCGCCUGCUUGGUAUUGUAAGCUUUGUGAUACUUGGAUAGGAGACUUGCACUGCGCGUCACAUCAUCUCAAGUCUCAAGCACAUUUUCAAAACUACGCGAAUUUCGUUGAACAAAACCCCCACUGGGAGAUCGAGUGGUUGAAGGAUCGCGAAAAAGCAAUGGCCCGCAGCGAGCGUCACGGGCAUUCGUCAGAUUCCGACGACGUUUCAGACAAGAAAAAGAGACGCCACAAGAGCAAGCGCUCCUCGAUAGAAUCAAGUAGUAAAGAUAAGAAAAAGAAGAAGCGUUCGAAAAAACGCAGGAAACAUUCCAGUGACACGAGCAGUAGUUCCAGUUCUUCGGAUUCUUCAUCAGAAGAAGAAGAACCAAGCGAUAAAUCCAAAAGCAUCAGAGUCGUAAUGCGCAACAUGAAAGUGCAAUCAAUAAUGAACGAAGACUUAUCAGGAAAAUGGGAGAUGUUGGAACGUCUCGUUGACGAACACAAGAAGAAAGAAGAAAUGCAGAAAACUAAGGAAAUACAGCAGAAGGCAAAAGAGCCCGAAGACACUCUGAUUAAUCAGUGGAUGACGGUGAGCGAGCCUCAGGAGAAAGAAAAAGUAUUGUUGGAUAAUUUGAAAGACCGCAUGAAGCAGAAACAAGAACUGGAGAGAGCGAAGUACGCCGAGAUGGAGAAGCGGCAGCGGGAGAAGGAGAGAGAAGAAAGAGAGAUGAAUGAGCGGAAGGCACGGGAGGAGCAAGAGGCCAAAGAGCGGUUCGAAAGGGAGCGGAAGGAGAGGGAUCGUGAGGAGUACGAGCGGAUACGUGAUAAGGAGAGAAGCCAGGUGAGGUUCAAGACGAAGGAUAGAGAGAAUUAUAGGAAGAGGAGGACGCCUACGCCAAGUCCGGAAAGGCCUGCUCAGAGUCCGAUGAGAGACGAAAGACGUUAUAACCAAAACUCGAGCAGAGACCGCAAGAACAGCAAAGAGAACGGCAGAGAAAGUCAAGAAUACAAGAGAAGUCGUAGCAGAAGCAAAGAACGCAGAGAUUCAACUUCGUCGCCAGACAGGAAAAAGCCUCCAGGCCCUCCAAGUAAACGUUUGCCGUUUAUAGGAAGGAUGCCGCUCUUCAAGAACAAGAAAAUAGAAGAGAAAGUGGAGAAGGAAAUCAAGAAGGAAGAUUACGAUAUACCGCGUGUAACCCGGUUCCAACCCGGAAACUUAGCGAGAGCAUUCCUGCCUCAACCAGAUGUGGUGUGUUUCCCUAAAUUAUCGAGUUUUCCUCCACUUACAGUUCCCCCACCACCUACUGUAUCCCAACCUGACCCUCCAGAACCCCCGAAGAUUAGCGAAGAAAAAACCCCCAAAGCUCCACCAGCUCCAAAAAUUGGUAAAAGCGAAGACGCAGAUAAAAUUAAAAAAGAUGAGAGGAAGGAAGAAGAAGAUUUAGAAAGUAUGUAUAACGAUCCCAUGAUGGAUCCUAAUAACGUAUUGAAUCAAUACUACCCUCCGGGGAUGGAUUACAAUAUGAUUUAUUCGCAAAUGUAUGAGUAUUCACAAUGUGAAGAGCAACCUCCUCAGCCACCACCACCGGACGAUAUACCGCUUUCACAUACUAUGCCGUUACAACCACCCCCAUUACCACCAAAUGACCCUAGCGACGAUUUAGCGAUGUUAGGGAUUAGCGCAGACGAUAUGGCUGCUCAAUCGUUCUAAUUGUAGUGACGGAGUGGUUUUAACUUGUCAUUUCUAUUUUUACUGCUUGAAGUUAUGAUUAGUACACUUAAUUCAAUGCUGUCAUAAUUACGUCAUUAUUAGUGCCAGAAGGCUUUUAUUUUUAAAAAAACAUGUUGUGUUAUUGGCCUUAUUAAAUGCGUUUCUUUUGUAGAA